AUGUCCCUUUUCGAACCAAACCCAGCAAACCUCCACACACUCAAAUCAACCCCCAAAACCAUCGUCAUAACAGGAGGCUCAUCAGGAAUCGGCCUCGCAACAGCCACCCUCCUCUCCUCCCUAAACCCAUCCCACAACCUCGUCCUCCUCGACCUCCAACCUCCACCCCCAACCUUCACCCACCCCCCAACCCACCUCUUCUACCACGAAUGCAACGUAACAUCCUGGCCCUCACAACGAGCCGCCUUCCACGCAGCCCACACGCGCUUCGGCCGCAUAGACGCCGUCUUCGUCAACGCCGGCAUAGCAGAACGCGGCGACCAAUUCUUCACCGACACACUCGAUUCCAGCGGCCAACUCGCGGAGCCCGACCACCGCACCCUCGCCAUCGACAUGGACGGCGCUUGCGCCACGACCAAACUCGCCAUCCACCACCUGCGCAAGAACGGCAACGACGGCGGGUCGAUUGUACUAACCGCCAGUUUGGCCGGCUAUCUCGCGUCGGCGGGGGCGCCCCUGUAUUCAGCAGCUAAGCACGGUGUUGUGGGUCUCAUGCGAGCGUUGAAGCAGGAAUGCGCAAAAGUCGGUAUUAGCAUCUCGGUUGUUGCGCCCGGUAUUACUGUUACGCCUAUCUUGACGGCUAAUAAUCGCGUUUUGGGUGCUGUGUCGCCGGAGAAAUAUGUCGAGCAGAUGCGGGAGGCGGGUGUUCCUAUUAAUACGGUGGAAUCGGUGGCGUUGGCUGUGUGUUGGUUGAUGGAUGAGGGGAACAAGGCGAAUGGCGCGGGAAUCUUUGUUCAAGCGGAUAGGUUUUCGGAUUUGGAGAGGGGGUUGGCGAGGAGUCGGGAGAAGUGGAUGGGGAGGGAGAUGUUGGAUUUGUUUAGGGGUGGGAGGACGGCGCCGUUGUUUGAGAGGUUGGGGGAGAAGGAGGGUGUUAAGGCGAAGAUUUGA